CUUUCUACUCCCCCCUAGCAUACAAAGUAUCUUCCCGCACAGCGUCGGGAUUCUCAUCCGAACAUAUACCUCCCCCAUCGAACCCAUCUCGUCUAGCUCAGCCCUCCCAAUGGUCUCCAAUUCCGCACGAAGACCUGGCGGGGAGUCGUCCUCGAGGCUAGGCAAGUCAUCGCACGCCGAAGCUGGGUCCUCGAAUUCACUCGCGACAUCGGAGAACCAUCCUGAAGCUUCGUCUUCGUCUCCAGCGAAGAAGCGAAAGCAUCGAGGGGGCAGGAAGCGGCGCAAUCGGCGACAGUCGUUCGCAGCCACGUCAGAGGCCAUGGAAGCUGGGGAUCUGACAAGUGAGCCAAGGGCAGGCUUGGUCGAUGUUACCAGUCAACCUCAUUCAAGGACAACCUCCAGCUUCUACCGACUACAAGCGAAUCACAGCAACACGAGCCUUGAGAGCGAGGCCCUCUUAGACCACCGAGACCAGGCACCGCUCCAGACACGUCGACAGAGCGUUCAAGCCACGGGAAUUUUCGCACCGCGCAUCAGCCAGCCCUUCGUUCGAGGUUCGCCGCAGCGUGCUUUGAGCCAGAAUGUCUUCGGCCGGUCGAAGCUCUCCCGUCAGCAGCGCGCGACAGACAGCGAACAUGAGAGCGAUGAUGCAGACGACAGGACACCAUUGAUGGGAACAUCCCAGCGGGAUACACCCGCCGGGGGCUAUGGAGGGACAAGUGCUCCGUCGAGUUCGGGCAGAAUUGAGGGAAAGAGGAGACCGUCCUCGAGCUCAAGCUAUAAGAGGAGGCCUGCAUUUGGGCAGCACCACUCGCAGAGCAACCUCGACGAAUACAAUGUAAACAACCCUCCGUCUGUACCUGCAAGUCCGGUUCUUGGGCCAGAGCUCGGGUUCGACGAUGUCAUGCUCACAGCAGAGCUCGAACGCGGGCACUCUCCGGAAGCGUCAAGGUCUAACAGGUCGCGCGAUGCGCUUAUCGACAUCGAUGAAGAGCCAGAACAACAGCAGUACACCGAAUCGACAUCCGUAUCUCCAACAGGCGCGACCGAGGGUUUCCGUCGGCGCAUGACACAGUUGCAAGCACUAGAAGAUGUGUGCCUUCCGCUCGAAGGCAUGUCAGAGAUUGGUCAAGAGGACUAUAUGCACCGUCCUGAGAGUGGAGACCCACGAGGUCGUCGACGCCGUCGCCGCUGGCCUGAUCUCAAUGUACUGGAAGCUUGGUCUCAGGAGGAAAAAGAGCAGCGCACAAUGGAAGGGUUGCGGAUGCGGAAAGUCAGCGAGCCACUCCUGGUCGGCGGUCGAUUGCGGCCGCAAAAGCAUGUCUGGCACCGAGAUACGGAAGAUGCGCCCUAUCGUUUUACUUAUUUCAACGAAGAGUUUGACAAUACUAUCCAUAGCCAAACGAUUAGUGAACUAGUACAGCCGGGGCAAACAUUCCGAAAUCUCUUCAUCCCGGAUCCACCUGUCAUCGAAGACAGCACAGAUGAGAGCGAUCUGGAUGACGAUAUCGGGCAAUUGACUAGGGGAAUCCCAAUCCAACCUAGUCAGACCAGCGCGAAUGGACAUUCCCGAGUGGGAACGAGAGCUUCCUCCAAAGUUGAAGAGACUAGACAACAUUCCUCUGGAGAGCAGACGCGGCCUAACACUCCCGGUCCCGCACCCACGCCUAGACCCGGGCAGUCACCGGAAGAAAAGUCGAAGCGAUACGGCCCGCGACCAGCAUGGUGGCUAGAUGUCUUAUCUCCUACUGAAGCUGAGAUGAAAGUCAUUACGAAAGCGUUCGGUAUCCAUCCUUUGACUGCCGAAGAUAUCCUAAUGCAGGAAGCUCGCGAGAAAGUUGAGCUUUUCAAGCAUUACUAUUUCAUCAAUUACCGAACUUUUGAACAAGAUGAGACUAGCGAGGAUUAUUUAGACCCUGUGAAUCUGUAUGUGGUUGUGUUUCGAGAAGGUGUGAUUAGUUUCCACUUCUCAAUGACUCCCCAUCCUGCCAAUGUCCGCCGGAGAAUCCGCCAGCUGCGAGACUACCUCAUCCUUUCCCCCGACUGGAUCUCCUAUGGCAUCAUCGACGAUAUUACAGAUGCCUACGCUCCGCUCAUUCAGCGCAUCGAGGAGGAAGUUGACGAUAUCGAUGAAGUUAUCCUCCGCCUGUACUCCAUUGAAAAUGACAACGAAAACGAGAAGUCGAGACCAGCUUCGAACAGUAACUUGCAUUACGAAAAGCAAUAUGUCGAUUCUGAGAACGGAGAGAAGGUGCAAGACCCGGGUAGGAAUAUGCUUCGGCGGGUUGGCGAGUGCAGAAAGAAAGUCAUGAGUUUGUAUCGCCUUCUUGGAAAUAAAGCGGACGUGAUUAAGGGGUUCGCGAAAAGGUGUAACGAGCAGUGGGAUGUGGCACCGCGAAGUGAGAUUGGGUUAUAUCUAGGCGAUAUCCAGGAUCACAUUGUCACUAUGACGGGUAAUUUAAGCCAUUACGAAAAUCUUCUCUCCCGUGCGCACAGCAAUUACCUCGCCCAGAUCAACAUGCGCAUGAACGAGCGGCAGGAAAAAACCGGUGAUAAUCUCGGCAAGCUGACAGUUCUGGGAACCAUUGUUCUACCCAUGAAUGUAGUUACCGGUAUAUGGGGAAUGAAUUGUUUGGUUCCGGGACAAGAUAUCGAGAAUCUGUACUGGUUCUGGGGAAUCACGUGUGGCUUGAUCUUGUUCGGAUUGUCAUGCUUCUUCAUCGCGAAGAGGGUUUAUGGUCUCGUUUAAGGACUUGGAUUUGAGCGGAAAGCUUCAAAAGGAAAAACUAUCUCUGUUAUGGUGUGCAUGAGUGGCGUUUUAUGCAUUGGAUGAUAGAUCUUUUAAUUAGGCUGGAGGAGUCUCGGGGUACAUGCAUGUGCAUUGCGCGGAAUAC